CUAACUUUCAGCUUUUGAGUUACUCGGCAGUCCUACGGCCUGCAUGCCUGCUUGUGUGCUCGGAUAGCGAUGGCAAUGGCAGCCGCAGCGACAGCAUCCUGCCAGGACACUUGCCACUUGUUCAGUCAGUGCGAGACGAGAUCUCGUUGCUGAUGGAAGUGUGUUUCCAGCUGCCACAGCUGCCGUGUGGAUAUACUGGACAAACAAACAAAAAAAGAACAAAAACUAUAUAUAAUUUAUUUGCUUAGCUAUUACUUUUAUGUUAAACAUUUGCAGAGGUGAAAAUAACAAAGAAAGAAACAGCAAAAAAAUAAUAAAUAUAAGUGAUGGUGAUUGACUGUUUUAUAGAAAAACUUAUAAUUUUUAUAAUCCAAUAAAAAAAAAACAAUUGAAGUGAAUUUUUGUUACUUAAAAUAUGUACUGGUAGUGAACGCAAAUUCGUAGUUAGUUUCUGUUAAAUGUUGAUUUGGUUUUUUAAACUCGCGAAAACUCAAAUGGCUACGAAGUAGACGACGAGCAAUAAAAAAUAUCUAAUAGAGAUAAAUAUGUGAAAUUCCACAAGCUAUCAGGUGAAUUCAACGCUAAGCACAACCACCCACUCUGCCUAACGCCAAAGCCAACACCAGCAAAAACAAUAGCAACCAAUAACAAUAAUUGCAGCCAAAGCACAGCAGUCAGACAACACAAAUAACCGUUCAACCACAGCAACCACAAUUUCCUCAAAAAUACGGUCAGCAAAAGUAAACGAGACGCUGCGAUUAUUCUUGCCCAACAUCCUUGCCGCCCAACAAAAUUCCAAAAUAGUAACAAGCGGGUGGCGAAAUGCAAUCGACUGAUUCUGGAGAUGGAGCAAAAAACUUCAAUCAGCACAUCACCAGUCACUUGGCAUCAACAUCCACAGCGGGAGCAACAGCAGCAGCAGCAGCAGCAGUAGCAGCAACAACAACAACGAUACACGACGCGACCACAUCAUUCAGCACCACACCCGCAAUACAGAACAACAAAAGCAAAACACUCAAUCACGAUACACCCAGCAAGAAUCCCUUCAAGCAAACAACAGCUCCGUGGAGCAGCGAUCAAAGAUUAGCGCAACAACAACAACAGAAUGGCCGCAACAACACUUACAGGAACAGCGCUCAACAUGCUACCGAAGCAGGCGGUGGCAUUUUUGGGGUCGGUGGCGCAAAUACAACAACGGGAGCAGCAACAGCACAGGCAACACCGACACCAAUUUCGAGCACAGAUCCGACGGCCAUCAAGACGCCAGGGCGACUCUAUAUGACACCACCACAGCCGCCACCGCCGGAUCAUUGCCGGCAGGAGGAUUACCGCGCCGCCGGGACAUGGGCCACCUUCAAGAAUUGGAUGAUCGGUUGGCGCGGUUCACGACAACUCGUCUUGAUCAUUGUGGCCAUUGCGUUGUUAUUGGAUAAUAUGUUGUUGACAACUGUUGUUCCUAUAAUACCUGAGUUCCUGUACGACAUACGCCAUCCGGAUGCACCGCUCGAUAGUUACCCGCGUACGCCACUCACCACGCACACACCACCGCCACCUACCCAAUCACCCUGCGGCCCGAAUGGUGAGGCAUUGCCAACAGCGGAGGUUGUAACGAUGAGUCCAGAAGAUAACAUCACCUUUUAUCGCGAAUUGGAAGAGCGACAUCAAGAGCUGGUGGGUGAGACCGUGGAAGUGGGCAUCUUAUUCGCAUCGAAAGCGUUCGUGCAGUUAUUAGUCAAUCCAAUCGUUGGACCACUGACACAUAAAAUCGGCUACAGCAUCCCGAUGUUUGCCGGCUUCGUUAUCAUGUUUAUAUCUACGAUAAUCUUCGCCUUUGGCCGUUCAUAUUUGAUUCUGUUUAUUGCGCGUGCUUUACAAGGUAUCGGCUCAUCAUGCUCCUCUGUCUCGGGUAUGGGUAUGUUGGCCGAUCGUUAUACGGACGAUAAGGAACGUGGUAAUGCAAUGGGCGUAGCAUUGGGCGGCUUGGCAUUGGGUGUGCUCAUCGGUCCGCCAUUUGGUGGUGUCAUGUAUGAAUUCGUUGGCAAAUCAGCACCAUUUCUAAUACUAUCAGCGCUGGCUUUAGGCGAUGGUUUACUACAAUUGUUCAUGUUGCAACCCUCUAUACAGCGUGCAGAAACAGAGCCACCCUCACUGAAGGCGCUGAUCAGUGAUCCAUACAUACUAAUUGCUGCGGGCUCAAUAACAUUUGCGAAUAUGGGCAUUGCGAUGUUGGAGCCAUCUCUGCCACUCUGGAUGGUAGACAAUAUGGGCGCUACGCGUUGGGAACAAGGUGUUGCCUUUCUGCCGGCCUCAAUCAGCUAUCUUAUUGGCACUAAUCUCUUCGGACCAUUGGGACAUAAAAUCGGACGUUGGUUUGCCGCCUGUCUGGGCUUGAUUAUUAUUGGCUGUUGUUUGAUUAUGAUUCCCAUGGCCACCUCGAUUACACAUCUCAUUAUACCCAAUGCCGGCUUGGGUUUCGCCAUUGGCAUGGUGGACUCAUCAAUGAUGCCCGAACUAGGCUUUCUAGUGGACAUACGCCAUUCUGCGGUUUAUGGCAGCGUUUACGCGCUGGGUGAUGUUGCCUUUUGUGUGGGUUUCGCUGUGGGUCCAGCUCUAAGUGGUACACUCGUGAAAUCGAUCGGCUUCGAAUGGAUGUUGGUUGGCAUUGCGAUUUUAUGCUUCCUCUAUGCUCCACUGUUGACGUUGCUCAAGAAUCCUCCAACGAAGGAGGAGAAAAAGGUUGGUACCACUGCAAAUGAAGGUGCUGACGCUGAAGCUGAUGUGUCGGCCUCGACGGCUACAUCUGCGCCGCUGCCUACCAAUGUGAAUGGCAAUGUGAAUACGGGCAACAAUGUGCUGGUGGUGGCCACGGCUCACAGCCCGGCCAUUAUGCAUGAAGGCAUGACGAAUGAGGCUUUUGAAAGUGAUCGGCUUUAA